AUGGCCUACCAGCACACGGACGGGGCUUCGCCCUACGACGAGAGCCAUCGGAUGCAGGACCUUUCUACGACGGCUUAUGGCCGCGAAGACGAUGUGGACGCUUCCCACGCGUUGCUCAACCAAGGCCCAUUCAACGGCCCCUUCGAUGACCCUCACCAGAGAGGCACGUCGCCCAUGCGACCGACCUCUGGAUACAGCUUGACGGAGACAUAUGCCGGCGACGCUCAUGCUACUCCUGCUUAUCAUGAUCCGUACAACACCGCUGGGUCGACAUACUCGGGAAACACCAUGGAGAGCCCGGCGGCCGCCUUCGGUGUGCCGGGCCGUGUCGCAUCGCCUUAUGCUCGAAGCGAGACCUCUUCAACAGAGGCCUGGCGCCAGAGACAGGCACCCACGGGAGGAAACCUGCGCCGUUAUGCGACCAGAAAGGUCAAGUUGGUGCAGGGCUCGGUCCUGAGUGUCGACUACCCGGUCCCUAGUGCCAUCCAGAACGCGAUUCAAGCCAAGUACCGAAACGAUCUUGAAGGAGGCAGCGAGGAAUUUACGCACAUGCGCUACACCGCUGCAACCUGUGAUCCGAACGAAUUUACGCUCCACAAUGGUUACAACCUGCGUCCAGCGAUGUACAACCGGCACACAGAAUUGCUCAUCGCCAUCACGUACUAUAACGAAGACAAGCAGUUGACUUCUCGAACAUUGCACGGUGUGAUGCAGAACAUUCGCGAAAUCGUGAACCUCAAGAAAUCCGAGUUCUGGAACAAGGGUGGUCCUGCCUGGCAGAAGAUUGUCGUUUGCCUAGUCUUCGACGGUAUCGAUCCUUGUGACAAGGAUACACUUGAUGUCUUGGCGACUAUUGGUGUCUACCAAGAUGGUGUCAUGAAGCGUGAUGUCGAUGGAAAGGAGACCGUGGCACACAUUUUUGAAUACACGACCCAGCUUUCCGUUACUCCCAACCAACAGCUCAUUCGUCCCCAUGACGACGGGCCAAGCACUCUGCCUCCAGUGCAGAUGAUGUUCUGUCUGAAGCAGAAGAACAGCAAGAAGAUCAACUCCCACCGAUGGCUGUUCAAUGCGUUCGGCCGUAUUCUGAACCCCGAAGUCUGUAUUUUGCUGGAUGCGGGUACUAAGCCCGGUCACAAGUCACUCCUCGCACUUUGGGAGGCGUUCUAUAACGACAAAGAUCUGGGAGGUGCCUGUGGUGAAAUCCACGCCAUGUUGGGUAAGGGUUGGAAGAACCUUAUCAACCCUCUGGUGGCGGCACAGAACUUCGAAUACAAGAUCAGUAAUAUUCUGGACAAGCCGCUGGAGAGUUCUUUUGGAUACGUCAGUGUGUUGCCUGGUGCCUUCUCCGCCUAUCGUUUCCGCGCAAUCAUGGGUCGACCGCUGGAACAGUAUUUCCACGGUGAUCACACGCUGUCGAAGCAGCUUGGAAAGAAAGGUAUCGAGGGCAUGAACAUUUUCAAGAAGAACAUGUUCUUGGCCGAGGACCGUAUUCUGUGCUUCGAACUGGUCGCCAAAGCUGGUUCCAAAUGGCAUCUCUCAUAUGUCAAGGCUUCCAAGGGCGAGACUGAUGUGCCCGAAGGUGCACCUGAAUUUAUCUCACAGCGUCGUCGUUGGCUUAACGGUUCCUUUGCGGCCAGUAUCUAUUCGCUCAUGCACUUCGGCCGUAUGUACAAGAGUGGGCACAAUAUUGUGCGGAUGUUCUUCCUCCACAUCCAGAUGUUGUACAACGUAUUCAACGUGUUUUUGACCUGGUUUUCUCUCUCAUCUUAUUGGCUUACUACGACUGUCAUCAUGGACCUUGUCGGAACUCCUGGCACCUCUAAUAAUGACCACGCAUUUCCCUUCGGUAAUACCGCUACACCCAUCGUGAAUACAAUUUUGAAAUACGCGUACCUGGCGUUUCUUCUGUUGCAGUUCAUUCUCGCUCUAGGAAACCGGCCGAAAGGUUCCAAACAUUCAUACAUCUCGUCUUUUGUUCUCUUCGGUAUAAUCCAGCUUUAUAUUGUAGUUCUGUCGAUGUACCUGGUCGUCAGAGCGUUUAGCGGAAGCACACCGACCGAUUUCGACAUGAAUGAUGGCGUUGGUGCAUUCCUCUCAUCGUUCUUCGGGUCUUCCGGACCUGGUAUUAUCAUCAUUGCUCUUGCGGCUACGUUCGGUCUCUACUUCGUCGCCUCGUUCAUGUACAUGGACCCGUGGCACAUGUUCACUUCCUUCCCUGCCUACCUCUUGAUCAUGUCCUCUUACAUCAACAUCCUGAACGUGUAUGCGUUCAGCAACUGGCAUGAUGUGUCAUGGGGUACCAAGGGUGCAGACAAGGCGGAUGCUCUCCCUUCAGUCCAGACUAAGAAGGAGGCGGAUGGGAAAGGCGCCGUCAUCGAAGAAAUCGACAAGCCGCAGGCCGAUAUCGAUAGCCAGUUCGAAGCCACCGUGAAGCGCGCCUUGACCCCGUAUGUUGCUCCCGUGGAGCACGAUGAGAAGACCUUGGAAGAUUCCUACAAGAGCUUCCGAACGAGACUGGUGACUUUCUGGAUCUUCAGUAACGGUCUGCUCGCUGUCUGCAUUACCAGCGAUGGUGUUGACAAAUUUGGAUUUACUAACCAAGCCACGGUGCGGACCACGCGCUUCUUCCAGGCUCUUUUGUGGUCGAAUGCCGCAGUCGCGCUCUUUCGUUUCAUCGGUUGCUGUUGGUUCCUGGGCAAGUCUGGCAUUAUGUGCUGCUUUGCUAGACGAUAA